UUUUUAUUUUAAUUUAAUUGAUUGGCUUCCCUUCGAUUACAAGUUUAUUAUUAUUCCCAAUUUUGAUUCUACUUAGAUCCCCUAAUAUUCUUUCUCUUUGCUUGUUCUUAAGUGGGUCGGAUCUACCUAUGCUUGCACAAAACGCCAUUCUUAUUUAUUCCUUCUUCUUCCUUCUCGCCCUGAUUUUCCUCCAAAACCACUUCUGAUCCCUUGAGUUUGGACUUUUCUUUUCAUUUCUCUCGAGAAAGAGACAGAGAAAAAGAAUGCAGCGUCAGAAAAUGGGGUUUCGAGAAUACAUCGAAGCAUUAGUAGAAGAACGCCGGAAAAUUCAGAUGUUCUCUAGGGAGCUUCCGCUUUCACUCGAGCUUGUCUCGCAAGCCAUUGAAGCUUACAGGCAACAACUAUCUGGAACCAUGGAGUAUAAUUUUCAGGGACAAUCGGAUUGUUCGGAGCAGACGUCAAUGGAAGAAGGUCCUGUUCUUGAAGAAUUCAUUCCCAUUAAGAAAAGGUCUUCCCCUGAUUGUGACGAGGAGGAGGAUGAAGAUGAACAACACUCGCAUAAGCCGAAGAUCUUCAAGGAUAACAAUAAGAACUCUGAUAAGAGAAAAUCCGACUGGCUCAGAUCCGUCCAGCUCUGGAACCCAGAUCCCCCAACCAAAGAGGAUUUGCCCAGAAAAGCUACGGUGCUGGAAGUGAAGAGAAAUGGAGGUGCGUUCCAGCCAUUUCAGAGGGAAGACAUUCCUGGAAAGAGUAACAAUAACAACACAUCGGCUGGUAAAUCCGGGUCUCCGCCUCCGGUGGUGGCCGCAAUGAGCUCCACCGCCGGCGGGGGCAGCAGCAAGAGAUCGGAGGAGAAAGAUGGGCAGGGUCAGAGGAAGCAACGGCGGUGCUGGUCACCUGAACUACAUAAACGCUUCUUACAAGCCCUUCAACAGCUAGGCGGCCCAGAUUCUGCAACUCCGAAGCAGAUCAGAGAGCUCAUGAAGGUCGAUGGCCUCACAAAUGAUGAAGUCAAAAGCCACCUGCAGAAAUUCCGGUUGCAUACAAGAAGACCAAGUCCGAUGAUUCACAACAAUGCUAAUCCACAAACAGCUCCUUUUGUUCUUGUUGGGAACAUUUUUAUGCAACCUCCAGAAUAUGCUGCAACAUCAGGUGAGGUGAACACGGCUGGAAUUUAUGCUCCGGUGGCGGCUCCUCCCCCGCAAGUGGCGGUUCCUCCCAUGCCGGGGGCAGGUCCGGCGUUUGUUAAGAAGGCGAAGGUCAAGCAAUUGGAGCAGGGUGAACAGUCACAUUCAGAUGAAGAGAGGGUGAAUCACAGUGAAGGAGCUGUUCAUUCUAAUUCUUCUCCUGAUUCGUCAUCUUCCACACACACCACCACCUCUACUUCUCGUGGAUAUUAGGUUUGGGAUGAAGAUACUGUGCAGGAAAAUAAAUAAACAAAAAAAGAAUCAAUUUUUGUAAUCAGAAAAUUGUAGUAGAGAACUCCAUGUGGGAUACUCUCUUUUGGGUUGGUUUCUUUAUCGUCUUGUUUCUUCUUGUGGGGUUUAAAUUAUAGAGGUGAAAAUACAGGUGACAGUUUUGUUGUGGGAUGUGUAAUGUACGUAAAUUAGAAUACUUCAUCAGAUCUUUGAUAAAUCUUUUGGCAAUUCUAACUGUUCUCUCUUCUCCU